AGUCUCCAGAGGGGUGGUUCAGGAAAUAAAUUUUAAAAUUUAAUAAAAAAAAAAGAAAUUAAUAAUAAAGGUUGUUUGCUGAGGGAGGCAAGGAAGGAAGGAAGGAAGGAGGAGGGAGGUGCGUAAUUAAAAUUGAAAUAAAUGCAGUACCACUCGAGCGGCGGCGGCGCGUCGCCGGCGGACAGCAGCAAGACGGCGAAGCUGGAGCGGUACAACAGCUACAUCCGCCGCGUGAACAGCACGAAGCUCCUCCAGGCGUCAUCGAAGCUCCUCUUCCGUGUGACGCUCCUCGUCGCCCUCGUCCUCAUCUUCUUCUUCACCCUCAACUACCCGCCGCUCGCCUCCGACGCCGGCGCCGGACAUCACAUUCACGCAGCCAAUAAUUUCCUCUCUUCCGCUUUCUACGGCAGCGGCGCCGCCUGGGAGAAGCAGGUCCGCCACUCGUCGACGCCGCGCCGGCCGAACGGAUUCUCCGUCCUGGUCACCGGCGCCGCCGGAUUCGUCGGGUCCCACUGCUCCCUUGCCCUGAAAAAGCGCGGAGACGGCGUCCUCGGAAUCGACAAUUUCAAUUCCUACUACGACCCGUCCCUGAAACGCGCCCGCCAGAAACUUCUAGAAAAACACCAGAUCUUCGUCGUCGCCGGCGACAUCAACGACGGCGAGCUUCUCCGGAAGCUCUUCGACAUCGUGCCCUUCUCCCACGUGCUCCACCUGGCGGCGCAGGCCGGCGUCCGCUACGCAAUGCAGAAUCCGCUGUCUUACGUCAGCUCCAACGUCGCCGGCUUCGUCAGCCUCCUGGAGGUGGCCAAGGCCGCCGACCCACAGCCGGCGAUCGUCUGGGCGUCGUCGAGCUCCGUCUACGGUCUAAACACCCACGUCCCGUUCUCCGAGUCGGACCGGACGGACCGGCCGGCCAGCCUCUACGCGGCCACAAAAAAAGCCGGCGAGGAAAUCGCCCACACGUACAACCACAUCUACGGCCUCUCUCUAACCGGGCUGCGCUUCUUCACCGUAUACGGACCGUGGGGCCGGCCCGACAUGGCCUACUUCUUCUUCACCAAGGACAUUCUCCAGGGGAAGGGCCUAAACGUCUACGUCACCGCCGACGACAAGGAGGUGGCGCGUGACUUCACGUACAUCGACGAUAUCGUGAGAGGGUGCGUGGGCGCCCUCGACACCGCCGAGAAAAGCACCGGCAGCGGCGGGAAGAAGCGGUCGCCGGCGCAGCUGCGCGUGUACAAUUUGGGGAACACGGCGCCGGUGACGGUGGGGAAGCUGGUCGGAAUCUUGGAGAGCCUUCUGGGCCGAAAGGCGAAGAAGCACGUGAUCAAGAUGCCUCGAAACGGCGACGUUCCGUUCACGCACGCUAACGUGAGCCAAGCCUUAAACGACUUCGGGUACAAGCCGACCACCGAUUUGGCGACGGGGCUGCGCAAGUUCGUCAAGUGGUAUGUCGGCUACUACGGGAUCCAGACGAGGGCAAAAAGGGAAUUUCACUCCUCCGAGCAUCCGGACGAUUAAGCAAACCAAUGGUCCGAGGUCUCCAUCAUCACAUGGGGGUGGGGUAAACCUUUUUAAUUAUUUUUUCUUUUUCUUUUUCUUUUUAAAGAUAAAAAAAAAAAAGAGAAAAGAAAAGAUUUUCAGUGUCUAUGCAUAUUACAAGAAUAUAAAAAAUAUAUAAUUAAUAUCUACAUGGGGCCAAUAGGGUAUAGAUUUUUAUACACAAAAUUAUACUCGUAUAUUAUUUAUUACUACUAUCAAAGCAAAGAUCGUGAAGAGAAAUGUGUAGAUCUUUGAAUUUGGGAGUUAAAUUCGUUGUAAUAAAGAGUCGUCUCUCUUCUAUGGAAAAAAAAAAAAAAAAAACAGGCAUAAAAGAGGGAAGGAAGGGGUAAAAGGGUAUAGAUGGAUGAAGGAAGCUUGUGUAUGAAGAUCAAUUAAUUGUAUAAUUAUUUCAACACCAAUGGACAUCCAUAAACAGCUUCUUCUUCU